UGGCAGAGUUGAAUGUCAUCUCGAACUUCAUGCUUCGUCUAUUAAUAAUUUGAGAAGUCAAAUUUUCGGCAUUGUUUUAUUGAUAUAUUCAAUAAUUUGUCGAUAACUGAGGAGAUAUCUCAUAUUUAUCAAUAACCUGUACCAAUUUUCAAUCAAUACUGGUGUGUCUGAUAUCCUCAUUCACUAAGUAUUUCAUUUCCUUGCUGAAAUCACGUACAAAUUCCAUUUGUUUUGAUAACAUAUAUUCGAACAUUUAUAAGGCUGUUUUCUUGAUUACCUCACUUUUAUUAGAGAAUAGUUGAAUCAUGCCUCCUGUUGAUGUUGAUUCUUCUCCAGUGGAACCCCAAAUAAGAAAUCUCAAUUUAUCAGGACAUGUUGGAUUCGAUAGUUUACCAGAUCAGCUAGUUUCUAAAAGUGUGCAAAAUGGCUUUGUAUUUAAUAUUAUGUGCAUCGGUGAGACUGGUUUGGGAAAAUCUACAUUAAUGGAUUCAUUAUUCAAUACGAAUUUUGAAUCAACACCUAGUCCCCAUACUCUGCCAACUGUUAAAUUGAAAGCACAUACUUAUGAAUUACAAGAGAGUAAUGUGCGUCUUAAGCUGACAAUUUGUGAUACUGUUGGUUAUGGCGAUCAAAUUAAUAAAGAAGACAGUUUUAAGGCAGUUGUGGAUUAUAUAGAUGCUCAAUUCGAAAAUUACCUACAGGAAGAAUUGAAAAUUAAGAGAUCACUCUCAAGUUAUCACGAUUCCAGAAUUCAUGUUUGUUUAUAUUUUAUCUGUCCAACCGGACAUGGACUCAAAUCCAUCGAUUUGGUCUGCAUGAAAAAAUUGGACCAGAAGGUUAAUAUUAUUCCGAUAAUUGCGAAGGCUGACACAAUCUCCAAGACUGAAUUGCAAAAAUUCAAAUCGAAAAUCAUUACCGAAUUGAAGAACAAUGGUGUUCAGAUUUAUGAAUUUCCGGUUGAUGAUGAAACUGUUUCCGAGAUAAACACAACUAUGAAUUCUCACAUUCCUUUUGCUGUAGUAGGAAGUACUGAUUUUGUUAGAGUAGGAAAUAAAAUGUCCAGAGCCAGGCAGUAUCCUUGGGGAACUGUGCAGGUCGAAAACGAGUCUCAUUGCGAUUUUGUGAAACUGAGGGAAAUGUUGAUUCGUACAAAUAUGGAAGACAUGCGCGAAAAAACGCACUGCAAGCACUACGAGUUGUAUCGCAAAAAGCAGUUGGAACAGAUGGGUUUCAGCGAUGUGGAUGCCGAUAACAAGCCGACCAGUUUUCAGCAAAUAUUUGAGACUAAAAGAUCGAAUCAUCUUCAGGAAUUACAGCAGAAGGAAGAUGAGAUGAGACAAAUGUUUGUCGUCAGGGUUAAAGAGAAGGAAGCUGAAUUGAAAGAUGCAGAAAAAGAGCUCCAUAGCAAAUUUGAUAGGUUGAAAAAGGACCACACAGAGGAUAAGAAGAAAAUUGACGAAUCUCGUAAGAAACUCGAAGAUGAAAUAGUCGAAUUCAAUAGACGCAAGGCCCAGUACAUCCAAAUGGCAAGUCAUCAUACAUUGACCCUUGGAAAAAGCAAAAAAAAAUAAUUUAGGAGGAAUUUUCGGUAUUAUCCACGCUCUGAUAGUUUAUACGGAUGUUCUAUUUUUUUAUUUCAUAUAUAUUUAUAUAGGACAAGCUCCAGUAACAAACCAAUGCUAAAUGUAGAACAUGUUCAGCAUCGGUCAUUUUAUUCAAACAUUUUCAAUCUAUCCUUAAAGGAUCGGAGAUAAUUCUUUAUUAGAGUUGUUUCGCAUUUAAAAUUUUGCUUGCUUCGUCUUGAAAACCUGCACACUUGAUGAUCGACAUUUAUCUGCCGAUUUCUUGGUUGAUUGAAAUUAUUUAUUUAUUCGAUAUUAGUAUCCUCUUCGCCGAAAUGCCAAAGCAUCAAUUUCGAUAAGCUCAACAGUAUACAUCUACAGUGUGAGUCGGAAUAUUUUUCUUUAGUUCCUUAGCUCUUGAAAUUUUAUUUUCUACGUCUUUCAUGAUUUUGUGAAAUUUUAAUUUGUCAACUUAAAUAAGACUUAUUUUAUUAUGGCAAUUAUUUUGAAUUUUUGAGUAAAAUGAUUAACUAACUCAUUAUUUAUAAUCAUGUUCAUUUAUUGGUAGAGUUUAUAGAUAAAUAUAUUCAGAAACACAUAAGUAUCUACAUGUUGCAAUAGAUGACAACUUAUUGCAAAAAUCAAUAAAGUGUAAUUAAUUUAU